GAAGCAGCGGGCUGCAGGAGGAGGCAGGUGGGCGGGGGGUGGGGGCAGCUGCCGGAGCUGAGGGCCUGCAGUCUGUGGCUGGAGCAAGAUGAAGGCCAAGGCGGUACCCUCGGAGGUGCUGGGAGCGCUGGCCGUGCUGUGGCUCGGUGCUGCGGCUCUUGCCUACGUCCUGUGGCAAGUGUACCUCCCGCCCACCAGUGGCCAGCUGCACCCGGGGGAAGGGCCCACCUCGUCCCCGGGCCAAGGCUCCAGCCGGGCCUGGGAGCCCCGGAGAGGGGAGGCCGCGCCGCAGCCGCAGGACGCCUGCCGGCUUGUCCUUGUGGAGAGCACCCCCUGGGACCUCCCUGCUGCAGCUGGCAGCCCGUCGGCCCAGCCCCUGGCCCAGGCCUGGCUACAGCUGCUGGACGCCGCCCAGCACAGCAUUCACGUGGCCUCCUUCUACUGGUCCCUCACAGGGGCCGACAUUGGAGUCAACGACUCGUCCUCCCAGCUGGGGGAGGCCCUUCUGUGGAAGCUGGAGCGGCUGCUGGACAAGAACAUUUCCCUGGCUGUGGCGACCAACAGCCCGUCACUGGCCAAGAACUCCACGGACCUGCGGGUCCUGGCGGCCCGAGGUGCCCAGGUGCGGUUCGUGCCCUUGAGGAAGCUCACCGGGGGCGUUCUGCACUCCAAAUUCUGGGUCGUGGACGGACGGCAUGUCUACCUGGGCAGUGCCAACAUGGACUGGCGGGCCCUGACGCAGGUGAAGGAGCUGGGCGCCAUCAUCUACAACUGCAGCCGCCUGGCCCUCGACCUGGAGAGGACCUUCCAGACCUACUGGGUGCUGGGGGCACCAAGGGCUGUCCUCCCCAGAGCCUGGCCUCGGAGCUUCUCGUCCCACAUCAACCGCUUCCGGCCUCUCCGGGGCCACUUUGACGGGGUGCCCACCACGGCCUAUUUCUCCGCCUCGCCGCCAGCGCUCUGCCCGCACGGUCGCACGCGGGACCUGGAAGCCCUGCUAGCCGUGCUGCGCGGUGCCCGGGAGUUCGUCUACGUCUCGGUGAUGGAGUAUUUCCCCACCACACGCUUCAGCCACCCGGCCAGGUACUGGCCAGUGCUGGACACCGCGCUGCGGACAGCGGCCUUCAACAGGGGUGUGCGUGUGCGCCUGCUGGUCAGCUGCUGGCCCCACACGGACCCCAGCAUGUUCCCCGACCUGAGGUCCCUGCAGGCCUUCAGCAACCCUGCGGCCGGGGUCUCGGUGGAUGUGAAAGUCUUCAUCGUGCCGGUGGGAAAUCACUCCAACAUCCCCUUCAGCAGGGUGAGCCACAGCAAGUUCAUGGUCACAGAGAAGGCAGCCUACAUCGGCACCUCCAACUGGUCGGAGGACUACUUCAGCAGCACCUCGGGAGUGGGCCUGGUGGUCAGCCAGAGAGCGCCCAGCGGCCGGCCGGGGCUCCUCACUGUGCAGGAGCAGCUGCGUCGCCUGUUCGAGCGAGACUGGGAUUCCCGCUACGCUGUGGGCCUGGACGCACAAGCCCAGGGCCAGGAUUGCGCCUGGCGAGGCUGAGGGGCUGCUCUGCCCAGUCCCCGGCCCGCAGCUCCCGCCUCCCGCCGCGCCUCCCCACCUGCCUCGGGUCGGGGCUCCGAGCCGCCUGUCCUCACAAGCCCUGCUCACGUGCAGGACCUCCCAGCUCCUAGCAGGUGCAGACGGACGGCUUGCCCUCAGCAUCUGAACCGGCCCCUUGCACGCCCCACCUCCUCCAGGGAGCCUUCCGGGAUUGUCCUCCCUGACCCACAGAGCCACAGUCCCUACCCACAGAGGAGGCUUUAGAAUCC